GAUAUGUAUGUUAAACAAAUGAAACCAUCAUUUGGACGCCAUGUUUGAAACGGGAGCGCGACUACUUACAACGUGCGUUGACUCUAAAAUUUGUUUGCCUACGUUAAGAGAAUGUACAUUACGUUUACAAUAAUUCCCAACAAUCGUAGAAAGUAAUGAAAACGUAAUAUAUUAUUGACGAAACCGUGCUUUCCCGGUAGUACAACUUCCUCACUAACAUGGCGUCGAAAUGAUGGUAGCGUGUCUUACAACAUUGUGUUAAGAAUUUGUAACGAAGAUGGCUUCAGCAGGUGACGUGAAGAUACAGACUCUGGUAUUUUUUGAUACUGAAACUACUGGACUUUCACAUUUGAUAGGCAAAAGAAAUGUACAAAUCACAGAAUUAUCACUUCUAGCUGUUGACAGAAGAGAAUUUGAAAGCAAUAAUGAAAACAUUCGUGUCAUUAAUAAAUUAAACCUCUUCUUUAGACCAAGUUGUCGUAUUUCAUCCGGUGCUGAAAAAUUGACAGGUUUAACCGAUUCAUUACUUCAGUUUCAAGAAACAUUUAUAAACAGUGCUGAAUUAAUAAAAUUAUUCCUUAAAAGAUUAAAUAAACCUAUUUGUAUUUUAGCUCAUAAUGGUAAUAGAUUUGAUUUUCCUCUUUUAAGAGCAGAAUUUAACAAUUCUGAAAUGGAUAUUUCUGGAUUCAUGUUUUGUGCAGACACCUUACCUGCCUUCAGGUCCAUUCUUUCUAAAAUACACAUUAAAAUUGAAUCUCCUUCAGCAAGGAAUGAAGAAUCAAAUCAAAUUGAAUAUCUUACUGAUGCUCUUACAAAUGUACAUUUGGAUAAUAAAUGUAACAAUGACAAAGAUGACAAUAUUGUUAAAGAUAAUAUAGACUUUCUCAAAAGAACUCCAUCUAAUGAAAUAUGUAAAAAAUCUGCAGACAUGCGACAAAUCUCGGAGGAUCAGAAAUUAUGUAAAACAGAACGUUCAGUCAGAAAACAGCUACUUACUAAUUAUCCAGAUGUUAAACAGAAUACUUCUGUUGAUAAAAAAACUCCAUCAAAAACAAAGGUAAAAAUGUCUUACAAAUUAAGCAGCCUGUACGAAUAUUUUUUUAAUUGUCCUCAACCCGAUUCACAUGCAGCCGAAGGUGACGCUUUGGCUCUGUUAAAAAUGGCAAAGAAAAUAAAUGAUCAGUUUCUGACAUGGAUGGAAGAAAAGAAAGUCCCAUUUGAAAAUAUAAACCCAUUAUGGUAAUAAUUUAAGAUAAUUUUUAGUCAUUAUACAUAGAAAUAUAGGUAAUACACAUUGAAUAAUAAUGCAAGAAUGUGCAAUGAAUUGCUUUUAGUUAUAUAAAAAAAAUUCAUUAUUGAAUUAUUUUUUGUAAUUGCAUGCUUCAGCUUUUUUUUUUAAUCAUAACUUUAUAUUUUUAUAACAAUCCACGAAAAACCUUUUUUUACGAGUGUUUUUUACGAGACUCCCGGCAAUAUCGAGAAUACGAAGAGCCGCCUCUGCGGCUUGGUGAUCCCGAGUUUUGAUUAUUAGAAGACCACUAC